AUGCCGACUGAGACUACUGAGCGGUCCCCGCCACCCGCUACCCUCAAGUGCGCUGAAUGCGGCGCGGCGUCUCUAGGGCCGACAGACGGCGUGCUCAUCCUCGGAGAGACGAUGGAUCGCGUGUGCGCCGCCUGUGUCCGCACCCGUGGCGGCACCCAGGCGCUAGCGUCUCCGAUCGACUUGGACCUGUAUCUGUCGCGACUCCGUCUCUCGCCACGCCAGCACGCCGUCGUGAUUGACCUCGCCGCCGCGUCGCGACUGCUCCCAUGUCGUUCACCAUCGCCUUCCUCCGCCCUCCCGGUGUCAUCGCCCAGCUCGUCCACUGGCGCACUGCCAGAGUCGCCGCCCACCAAUCUCCCCUCCCUUCCCGAGUCCACAGUAGUGCGCACGGGCACGCCCAAGGAUGCACAGAAGAACCUUCCUCGCACGUCCUCGUGGGCUACUGCGCCCACACCCGCCUCACCUACCUCACCAGCCCUAGCCUCCGCCCCCUCGACAUACACCGGGCCCAACCCACUUCUAGACGUCGGGCGCGGACGCGCUCGCUCCGAUCCUCGCGGGUGUCUGUACCCCGGCGCAGUGUUCAAGGGCACGCAGCGCUCGGGACGGAGCGCAUACGACGUCGAGAUCCGCCUUGUCGACGUCAGCUUCAUAAACUCGACGUGCUGCGGGUACCUGACCAUUGCGAAUCUGACCGACACGCAUCCCGAGCUGACGACGUUCUUUGACGGCGAGAUCAUCGGGCCAAAGUACGGGUUCACGACGGGGCAGCGGUUUGGCGCGACAGAGGUCGACGACAGGCGGCACUGGGAACGCUUUGAGCCAUACCUUCGUGCCUCGACCAAGGCCGAUAUUGUGCGGCCUGAGAUGCUUCUCCGCGAUCCACUGCCCAGCGUUUCAAGGGGGGAGACGCAGGCGCGCGAGCGCGACUUUGUGUUUCUUCGCAUCAAGGAGAAGUUCCUCGUGCCAGAUCACACGGUGCGCGAUAUCUCGGGGGCUAGCUUUGCUGGCUUCUACUACGCAAUGGUAGACAUGGCGCCAAACGACAUCGAACCCGACUGGAGCGUCGACGCCUGUCCUCGCCCCGUCCGACGACAGAGCACGAGUGUGGUGCGCCCUGACGUUUCUCGGCGUAUGAGCGUCUCGACGUCUGGCCGGCGCGCGUCCACCUCAACAACCCGACCGGACCCAGCGCGUAGGAUGAGCACAGCCCGCAUGCCGCCGCCACCCGAGCCCACGCUUAGAGGGUAUUACUUCCACUCGCUGAACAACGAGUUCCAGGAGCUGUUCGUCCGCCACGUCCCGUCGUCGAGUGCGGGGACGUUUGAGAUGCGUUAA